AUGGCCAUGAAUAUCAGUUUUAAUUCUUCCCCUGCGGAAGAUCCAAAGGAGAAUAUCAGUGGGCACAAUUAUAAUGGUGGCAUUGGCACCCAGAUUGGUUUUUCUCUCAUUGCCAUUUUAUGUAUCGUUGGCAAUUUGUUGGUCUUUAUUCUAUUCUUAUAUAGCCGUAAACUUCGCAACUUCCCCCAUGGCGUAUUAAUAUGGAAUUUAGCGUUAGUGGAUUUCUUAACGGGUAUAUUUAUUAUUGUGACGCCAGAACAUAUCAUACGUGAAGCUUAUGUUCAUCCACCACCAGGAUUAGCCGGUCAAUUAUUUUGCAUGAUUAUCGGAUCCGAGAUAUUUACAUUCGGUUUUGGAUUUAUUUCCAUGUAUACCUUGUGUGUUUUGAGCAUUGAAAGGCGUUAUGCUGUAGUUAAAAUGAAUUUACAUGCACGCUAUUUUACAAUGAAACGAACAAAAUGGACGGUGCUAGGUGUUUGGAUAUGGGGUUUACUCUUAGUAUUUGGUAAUUUAUUUCAAUCUCAUUACGUUGCUAGUGAGAAUCCUCCGUGUAUUUGGCAGCCGUUACCUGGUGGGCAAGCAUUUAAUACCGCAAUCUAUUUAGUCCUAUUCUGCUUUCGAUUUUUAUUCCCCAUGGCAUGUGUCAUUACAUGCUACACCGAUAUUUGGCGUUAUAUGCGAUCAACUAUUCGCAAUUUACAACAGCAUAUGGAUAAAAAAGCGACAGCAGCCUAUCGUGUUAAAAAUAGAAUUACGCUAACUUGCGCUGUUACAUCGUUAGCAUUUUUAUUGUGUUGGCUACCCAAUGUCAUCUAUUUUACUUUAGCUAAUUUAGGUGUUGCCUUUAUUGGCAAUGAUGGCCAUUUCGCCACCAAAUUGUUAAUCUUACUUAAUUCAUGUAUUAAUCCCUUCAUUUACGCUUCCACGAAUCAGUACUAUCGUGCUGAAUUUGUUAAACUGUUAGUUAAUUGUAAGUGUAUUCAUCCAAAAACUACCAGCAAUACGACCGCUAAAAGCAUCCAUAUAACGGUCGAUGACUAUCAGCAAAAUACCUAA